ACCGAUUCCACACACAGUUUUGUCGAUCCAAGUCUCCACACAUCUAACGACCGUCUCAUUCGGCAUACAUACACAGCAUCCGCGUCAGAUCUGAAUUCAUGAUACCAAUCUUUCAAGUCGACGACUUAUAACAAUCAUCGCUUUUGGUCUCCUCUUUCGAAUCAUUCGCUUCACGAUAUCAUUCGAUUUGGUCCUCUUGACCAUCACUUGAUCCAUUCAUUCAGAUCAACAUUAUUAUUUAGCAUCCAAUGGAUAAUUCUACGUCAGCCCUCUCCGAGGAAAUGAAAAAGCACGAUGCCGUUCAAGUCGCGAUGAUGGAGGAAUGCUUGAUUCUUGUCGAUCAGGAAGAUAAUCCGAUUGGAGUAGAAAGUAAAAAGACAUGUCAUCUAAUGGCUAACAUCUUGCCACCUCGCUCAUUACUUCAUCGGGCGUUCUCUUGUUUCUUGUUUCGCCCAUCGGAUGGAAAAUUAUUAUUACAAAAACGAGCAAGUGAAAAGAUUACCUUUCCAGACCUUUGGACCAACACAUGUUGUAGUCACCCACUUGCUACCAAAGAUGAGAUGGAAAUAGCUGAUCACAUUGGUAUCAGACGUGCUGCGCAAAGAAAACUUGAACACGAAUUAGGCAUCCAAGCUAGUCAAGUCCCCUUGUCAGACUUUGUCUUCCUUACCCGGAUUCACUAUUUGGCACCUAGUGAUGGUCUAUGGGGUGAACAUGAAAUCGAUUACAUCUUUUUCAUCACUGCUGAAGUAGACUUGGAAGUUAAUCCUAAUGAAUGCUCCGACGUCGCUUGGGUCUCUCAAUCUGAACUUCAGGAUAUGUUAAAUGAACCAAAUAAUGCCUUCACGCCUUGGUUCAAGUUGAUCGUCGACCGUUUCCUUUUCCCGUGGUGGAAAGUACUUUUGGAGCGAUCAACCGAUAGCCCAGUUGAUGCUCGAGCUCUGGCUGACGUACAUGACAAGAUCAUCCAUCGAAUGAAUGAAGCCAAGGAGGCAGAUGUGAUUGUCAAUCACUCCGAUGAAAAAUGUCCUCUUGAUGUGGCCCCUUCUGCAACGUCUGUUGCUGUUUAAUAACCGUCAAAAAACUUGUGGAGAACAUCAUGACACUUUGCUCAAAAAGUCAAUGGCCACUUGAAUAAAGAAACACGAAGCUAACACAGAUUCGAAGCACUAGCAUUUAUCUCCAAACAUAAUUUGUAUAUGAAUACGCAAUCCGUGAUAAUUCACAUGUUGGCUAUAGUGAUCUCUUCUUGUAUACACGUCAUCUAUAUAUGUAUACGGACAACAUGCAUAUUCAGCUAUCGUGUAAUCAAAAGAGGAUCAUACUUUGCUUCUUU